AUGACACCUUCUGGUCACAAUUGGGUACAAGGUCAAGGAGCUGGUCCUAGAUUAGAAAAGAAAGAAGAUGAAGAAGAUAAAUUUGAUGCUAUGGGUAAUAAAAUAGCUGCUGCUAAAAAGAAGACUAAAUUAAGUUCUGCUGAGUUACGUAAAAAGAAGAAAGAAAGAAUGAAGAAAAAGAAGGAAUUAGGUGAUGCUUAUGUUAGUGAAGAUGAUGAAGACUUUUAA